AUACUGCUUGUAUUUAUUUCCUGCUUGAUGUUUCCUUUCGGAGCAAUGGCAAAAGUGAAAGCCACCUUGGUUUGUGCAGGGCUUUUUCUAUGUUCAACGGUGCUUGCAAUUGUCGAAGAACUCGAUGACACGUUUAAAGACACCAGAGUAGAUGAUGUCUGGCUGGUGGACUUUUAUGCACCAUGGUGUGGCUACUGUAAAAAACUGGAGCCCGUUUGGUAUGACGUCGGCGCCGAGUUGAAAAGCUCUGGAUCGCCUGUGCGAGUGGGCAAGAUGGACGGCACUGCAUAUUCUGGCAUGUCCUCAGAAUUUGGAGUACGAGGAUACCCCACAAUCAAAUUGCUAAAGGGUGAUCUUGCCUAUAAUUACAAGGGGCCAAGGACAAAGGAUGACAUCGUAGAAUUCGCCAACAGGGUAGCAGGGCCGGCAGUCCGAGCACUUCCAAGCAAGCAGAUGUUUGACCAUAUGAUGAAGAGACAUGACGUGCUCUUUGUAUACUUCGGCGGGGAGUCUCCUCUCAAGGAGAAGUAUAUCGACAUGGCUGCGGAGCUGAUUGUGUACACAUACUUCUUCUCUGCGUCUGAAGACGUCUUACCAGAGUCAGUGACUUUGCCAGAGCUUCCAUCGGUCGUAGUCUUCAAGGACGGGGCCUACUUUACCUAUGAUGAGUACGUGGACGGUGGCUUGUCUUCCUGGGUUAACAAAGAACGAUUUCAGAGCUACCUGCAGAUCGAUGGCUUCACCCUGUAUGAACUGGGAGAGACAGGCAAAUUGGUGGCGAUUGCAGUCAUCGACGAGAAGGACCCGACAGAGGAAAGCGGCAGAUUAAAGACUCUGAUUCAGAGAGUGGCAAAGGAAUACAGAGAGCAUUUUAACAGAGACUUCCAGUUUGGCCACAUGGAUGGAAACGACUACAUCAACAGCCUCAUUAUGGGAGAGGUGUCGGUGCCGUCCAUCAUCAUCCUCAACACGUCUAAUGAGCAGUACUUCCUGCCCAGCGAGCCCGUGGAGACCCUGGAGCAGCUGGUUCACUUCAUCAACAGUGUUCUAGACGGCUCCGCUCAGGCCCAGGGAGGAGACGGCAUGUUCCAGAGGGUCAAACGAGUGGCCUUCGAUGCCAAGUCCACCAUUAUGUCUGUGUUUCGCAGCUCACCAGUGCUGGGCUGUUUCCUGUUUGGUCUGCCACUGGGCGUGAUCAGCCUGAUGUGCUAUGGCAUCUGCACAGCCGAGUCGGACGAUGGCCAGGAGGACAUGGAGCUCAUGAAGAGGGAUGACGAGGAGGAGGAGGACGACGAGGAGGACGAGCCUCGGCAGGCCCCCGGGGAGCUGGAGGGCCCCGAGGAGGACGGAGAGAAUGAGGAAGAGGAGGAGCAGGAAAAGAACCCGGACGACAAGAAAGCAGAUUAAUGUCAAGGGUAGUGGAGGCGGAGAAACAGGCCUAGUGACAUACAUGGAACUCAGACACAUAUCAACAAUGUGUUGUUUUAUAUAUUUUUCAUCUUUAUCAUCCUUCCCCCCUGCCCUACUGUUUUCUUUUCGCAGACUGUUUUUUUUAUUGCUAUUGAAUCUUAUUAGUCAGUUAGGUCAGCCGCUGGGCAACGCACUAAAAAAAUCAUGUCCUUUGUUAAAUUAGCCUUUUGGAAAUGGAAUUACAAAGAUUAGUCAUUGAUAAGUGUUGCAGAGAAGAAAGGAAGGAAAUAAGCCACAUUUUAGCUAAAUGUAUUAUUAUCAUUUCUUAAACAACCACUACACAGGGUCAUUCCAUACUUUGAAUCAGGUAGCAUUUGUGUAAAAAAAAAAAAAAAAAAAAAAGGUGACCCAUUCUUCCUGUGUCCAAUGGCACUGAAAUAUUUGAUAUUGAUUUAUACACUUUGUUCUGUUGGAAUUUAGAAUUCCCAAAUCAAAGCUUUUGAUUACUACCCCCCCCCCCCGCUGAAUGUUGCAAUUCACCCAUAGUAGACUGCAGAGGAAGUGCCCAUGAAGGAAAAUUUGCCAUAAAAUGAAUACUCAUGCUUUUCAAAUGGAAUCUCAUGUUUGUAACUCCAGACACUUAUUCAUAGAACAGUGUACAACAGUGGAAAUGAUGCAAACAAUCACAUAGAGCCCACAAUCUGGAUAAUGUAAGGUUGAAGGGAUGUCUGGCUUAUUUACCCUGCUGUAGUUUUAAAUAGACACACUGUACAGUAAGUAGUUUUUUUCUCUAUUUUAGAUGGCCAGUGGUUCAUGUAAUGGGAGACAGGCUUAAUGACAUCAAUAUGGGUUUGUGCAUCUGAAAUGGCACCCUAUUCCCUAUAUAGUGCACUACUUUUGACCAGCUUGGCCAAAAGUAGUGCACUAUAUAGGGAAUAGGGUGCCAUUUCAGAUGCAAACAUGGAAUGGUUAUACACUUGAAGACAAUGGCUGAUCAGAUUCAAAAUGGUGGCUCUUUGCUCUCCUCUGAAAGAUCUUCACCACCUGUUGUCCAUCACUAGUUCUGGUAGGCUACGUUUCUGGGAAGGAAAUGGUAUCAGAUUGCAUAGAAAUGCACUGAGAUUACAAUACAAUUCAGUGUGAGUUUACUCAAUGCACUGACAAAAUCCUGUUGGGAGUUUUUACAGUACUUAAUGACAGUACAUUGCAAUAAAAGGGUCAUGUGGCGUUUAAAGGGGUACACUGUCGUUUAUAUUCUUAGUCCUACAUAAGAAUUGCAUGACAAACAAUGUAUAUGAUAUGACUCACGGUUGAUGAGCAAUGCCAGAUCAACUACUACAACGGUUUAUCUUAUGGAUACAUGGCAUACUGAUGUUUAAUGAAAUGUUAGAUCAAGGUCAUAUAAGUAUUACGAAAAACAUGAUCUCCAGCCCUCUCGUUAAGUUACCCAGUGAAACUAUUAUAUUACAUAACAAUUGUUACGUUUCUGUUAAACUUUUUUCUUUAGCGGAUUUCAUAGACGUGUUGAUAGUUUAGAAACAAAACCGACACGUGUGCGACUCUAGGGCAAAACAAAUUGUGUUAGAUUGAUGACAAAAUGUUAUAUAUUUACACUCCAAUGUUUAUCGAAAACAAUACAUUUGCACAAUGAGCACUUAUCUCAAAUAGAUCGUUACAGUUGUUAGUUGGCUAGCAAAUUUGAGCCAUAUUAGCAUAGACAUGACUUCAGUCUAAGCACCUCAAAAGACAUGGUAUCAAGAACAAGAUAAAACUAGCUACCUACGAUUCCCCACAUGGUAGUAGCUUCUUGUCAUUGUUGCUAGCUAUCUGGCCAUCCAGAAUCACAACACACAACACACUGCCCCAUUGAAGCGCGCGCAUAGUUUUCGUGACGUCAGCUAAAACAUCUAUUGUGCUUGUGUCUAGCGUUUAGUUGACAAAAUUAGGCACCCGAACCCAAGUACUAAUCUUGGUUUUCAGAAGACAACUGUGAAACUGCACUAUGGAAACCAACAUGCCCUUGCCUUGCAUUCUGGUCAUUGUAGUUGCCUACCAUUCUCUGCCAAACUUUGCUCAUUGGGUUUGAAUUGAGAUUGUCACAAUUUAUUACUGGUUUGAAAUAAAGAUUGUCCUCUUUUUCUUGUUGA